AUGUCCCGCCGUAAGGCCGGCUGCGCGCCCCGCCGAGUAGACCCCGCGCGCUCAGCCAGCUCAGACGACGAGACGGAGAUGCGGGACCUGGUCAUCGACGUGAAGCCCGAGCCAAAUACGUGGCCCCUACAGGCCCCGGGGCUGCAGCCCUAUUCUUCAAAGGAAGUGCCCGCGCCCGGGCGGUUCGAGGGCGAAACCCGCUACUCCCCCGGCCUGGUGCUCGCCGGCGGUUCCCUCCACGCCCUCGGCUCGCGGAACCAAUGGACUCCUUGGACUUCUCUGAUCGCGGAUCCUCACGACCGCCAGCCCUGGACCGACGAACACCCAGAUAUGUUGACCUGCGGCCGCUGCCUGCAGACCUUCCCGCUGAAGGCCAUCACUACUUUCAUGGACCAUAAGAAGCUGGGCUGUCAGCUCCACAGAGGCCCCAGCCCUUCCUCCGGCUCAGAACUUGAGAACCUAAAGAUCUUGGUUUGCCUCCGCUGUGGCCGACAAUUCACCAAGCCCUGGAAACUGCUGCGCCACGCCCAGUGGGACCAUGGACUGUCCAUCUACCAGACAGAACCUGAGGCCCCGGAGACCCCACUGCUGGGCCUGGCAGAAGUGGCCGCAGCCAUGUCAGCAGUGGUAGGACCAGAAGUGGAGGCCAAGGGCUCCAGGGUGAGUAGCCUCCCCCGGCGGAGCCCCACCUGCCCUGUGUGCAUGAAGACCCUCAGCUCCUUCAGCAACCUCAAGGUGCACAUGAGAUCACACACGGGCGAGCGGCCCUAUGCCUGCGACCAGUGUCCCUAUGCCUGUGCCCAGAGCAGCAAGCUCAACCGCCACAAGAAGACCCACCAGCAGCUGCAGCCUCAGAGCCCCUCCACGACUGAUGCCAGUCAGGAACAGGCCUCAGCCGCCCCUCCAGAGCCAGCUGCCCAUGCCGCUGCCCCAGCCAGCACCCUCCUGUGCAGCCGUGAAGGGGCUGGAGCCGCUGCCACGGCAGGUGUGCAGGAACCUGGGGCUCCGGGUGGUGGGGCUCAGGCCGGCCCUGGCGGGGACGGUUGGGGAGUUGCCAUCAAGGAAGAGAGAACCGACUCUGCUCAGAGUCCAGAGAAGUUGCCCAAGAAGACGUCAAAGUCAUCGGGCAAGAGCCAUGGGCCUGGGGGCAGCUGUGAGUUCUGCGGGAAGCAUUUCACCAACAGCAGCAACCUGACAGUGCACCGGCGCUCACACACGGGGGAGCGGCCCUACACCUGCGAGCUCUGCCCCUACGCCUGUGCCCAGAGCAGCAAGCUCAACCGCCACCGCCGCAUGCAUGGCCUGGGGCCCGGCGGUGCCCGCUUCGAGUGCCCCCACUGCCGUGUGCCCUUUGGCCUGCGUGCCACCCUGGACAAACACUUGCGGCAGAAGCAUCCCAAGGCAGGUGGGGAGGCCUGAGUGGCAGGAAUGCCCUCCCUCCCUGCUGUCCCUGGUACCACUGCCACCAUGUCUGCUAACC